AUGAGCCAAAUCCUUACCUCUCGGCAAGCCGAGGAGCUGCACAAGGCCAUCAUCGCCUACCUCUCCUCGAGCAACCUGCCCAACGCUGCCAAUGCCCUGCGGGAGGAGCUGCAGAUCGGCGAAGCCUUUGACGCGGCCACCUCCAAGAAAUAUGAAGGUCUCCUCGAGAAGAAGUGGACCAGUGUAAUCAUGGAGCUCGAGUCCCGAACUGCCUCGCUACAAUCCGAGAUCGACAACGCGACACCGACCUCGCUUUCCCGACGAAACCAGGAUCCCACCAGCUGGCUGCCUCGCUCCCCCGCCCGCCACACCCUUCAAUCCCACCGAGACCCCAUUACCUGCGUCGCCUUCCACCCCGUCUUUUCGUCUCUGGCCUCGGGGUCCGAGGACUAUACCAUCAAGAUCUGGGACUGGGAGCUGGGCGAGCUCGAAAGGACAAUCAAGGGCCACACCAAGGCCGUCCUGGACGUCGAUUUUGGAGGGCCGCGAGGUGCUACCCUGCUGGCCUCUUGCUCAAGCGAUUUGACAAUCAAGCUUUGGGACCCUUCAGACGAGUACAAAAACAUCCGAACGCUGCCCGGCCACGAUCACAGCGUCAGUGCAGUGCGGUUUAUACCAUCGGGCGCUGCAGGCGCGGGGAGCUCAGGAAACCUACUCGUUUCAGCCAGUCGAGACAAGACUCUGCGCAUUUGGGAUGUUUCCACGGGGUACUGCGUCAAGACCCUGCGGGGGCAUGCGGACUGGGUCCGAGACGUCUGUCCGUCGCCCGACGGCCGCUUCCUCCUCUCGGCCGGAAACGAUCAGACGGGUCGCCUAUGGGACAUCAGUGCUGCGAAUCCCGAGGUGAAGCUCACGCUGGUCGGCCACGAACAUGUGGUCGAGUGCUGCACACUUGCGCCAGCGACGGCAUACCCGCACCUGGCCACGUUGGCAGGCCUGAAGAAGCCGCCACCAGCAACGAACACGGUGGAGUUUAUGGCAACGGGCAGUCGUGACAAGGUGAUCCGUCUGUGGGAUGCCCGGGGCAACUGCAUAAAGACCCUGACGGGCCACGACAAUUGGGUGCGCGCUCUCGUCUUCCACCCCGGAGGCAAGUACCUCCUCAGUGUAUCCGACGAUAAGACAUUACGAUGCUGGGAUCUCGCGCAGGAGGGCAAGUGCGUCAAGGUGUUGGACGACGUGCAUGGCCACUUUGUCUCAUGCCUGCGAUGGGCACCAGGUAUUGUUCGCGAGGCGGCAACGAACGGCGACGGGCAGAAUGGCGCCAACGGGACCCCAAGCAAGGCGGCAAAGCCGGCCGAGGUUUCGAUCCGGUGCGUGAUCGCGACAGGAAGCGUCGACUUGAACGUCCGCAUCUUUGCCAACUAG